UUUGGGUUAUGAGCCUUUUUUGUCACUGUCUGUGUCACCUCCACUCUAUCUACUUUAGCAAUAGCCACAUCAACUUCCACCACUGACUACUACACUCAGUCACCCAGGAAAAGAAUAAACCAAACAAAAACCUAUUCAGCAUAUAGAGGAGAUCGCUCAUUGAUUGCAGGAGCUUAAAAAACACAGAAGGAAAACCCCAUCAUGCUGAAAUCAUUAUUACUACUACCUCUCUUCUUCUUCACUUCACUUGUUUUGCUAAGAUUUGCAGUGGGUAAUGAACAAAGAUUUUGUUCAGCUCCUCCUUCUGAGGAAGAAGACUCAAACUCCAAAUCACAGUAUUGGAAAGUCACUAAUCCAACUCUUUCUCCUCUACAUCUUCAAGAUUUACCAGGUUUUACUCGAAGUGUGUAUAAAAGAGAUCAUGCACUUAUAACCCCAGAAAGUCAUGUAUUAAGCCCUCUUCCUGAAUGGAAAAAUACAUUGGGAGCGUAUCUAGUUACACCAGCAAUGGGAGCACAUUUCGUAAUGUACCUUGCCAAGAUGGAAGUGCUUUCAAGGUCCGCACUACCUCCGAAGGAUGUUGAAAGGUUCAUAUUCGUGGUGGAAGGAAUUGUUACACUGACAAAUGUGUCUGGAAACGCUCACAAAUUACUGGUUGAUUCUUAUGCAUAUCUACCUGCUAAUCUUGAGCACUCAGUGACCUGUGAUGCACCAGCUACUCUUGUUGUUUUUGAACGAAGGUAUGCCAGUCUACCAAAUCAUAUUCCUGAGCAGAUUGUUGGCUCGACGGAUAAGCAGCCACUUCUUGAAACUCCAGGAGAGGUUUUUGAGCUAAGGAAGCUUCUGCCUGUGUCAGCUCCUUAUGACUUCAAUGUCCAUAUCAUGGAUUUUCAACCUGGGGAAUUUCUUAAUGUCAAGGAAGUACAUUAUAACCAGCAUGGUUUAUUGCUUUUAGAGGGUCAAGGAAUCUAUCGCUUGGGAGACAACUGGUAUCCAGUUCAAUCCGGUGACGCAAUUUGGAUGGCACCAUUUGUACCACAAUGGUAUGCUGCACUUGGAAAAACUCGAUCACGAUAUUUACUGUACAAGGAUGUGAACAGAAACCCACUGUAGGCCUACAACUGCGUGCUUGCGAGCAACUUUGGCCAUAUGACUAUUACAAAAGUCGGGUAUUCAUGUGUAAAAAGAAUGUACAUCUGUGGAAAUGACAGGUUUAAAUUUAGCUGUACGUUCUUUAGGUGGUGUGACUGCAAUGAUAGAAAAUGCAAUUAUCUUCGUUA